CGUCCUCAGUACAUGUACUUGUGAAGCAAGCACCGUUUUGAACGUGGAGAACUAAAUGUUUUGUCGUCACUCUACGACUAAUUCUUCAUUGCGUGGCAGCAAUAACCUUCGUUACGUGGGUCUGGUGCUGUUGGCUUUCCUCCCACCAUGGGAGGGGGUGGGGGUACUUAAACUGUGAAGAAGUCUAGCCAGUGUCCAAUCGACGCAGCUAUACGGCGUGUCUCAACCUCAACUGUGAGCAACCUCGACGUGCUAAGUGAUGGCUGAGGGACAGGGAGACGACCAUACAGGGGUUCGUAAGUACUUCUUCUCCACCAAGGAAAGCGUCAGCUCAGAUUGGAAGGACCUGGCCUUCCAUCUGGGACUUGAGCGGGCAGACAUCGACAACAUUGCGGGUAGAAACCGAGAUGACAAGUCUCGCUGUAUGGACCUGUUGGAGGAAUGGCUCAAGCGUAACGGAGAGAGAGCCACCAUGGAGGUCAUGAUGGAGGCUCUGUCUGCGGCGAAGUUACAGAGUACUGUGGACAGGCUAAAGAAGAGAUAUCCUGAGUGGGAUAGACCUCAACCCUCAAGUAGCAAGCAGGAAAGGAAGGAGGGAGAAGAUCAGUUGCCGGCGAAGAAAGGAGAGGACAUACCUAUAGAGAGUGUGUUCAAGGCGUCCGUAAGAAGGUACUAUGACUUAAAGCUAACAAAAUUCAAACCCCUGAUCUGGAAUGACAACUUCACACUUAGCCUCGCUGAUGUCUUCACAGAAUUAGAGUUCAUUCGAACACGCGAAAAAGGUCACCGGCCAGCCGCAGAAAUAGAGAGGCUAGACGAUCUGUUGAAUCCAAAUGUCACGGUACCGUCUACAGCACUAAGGUGCAUUUUAAUCGAGGCCGAACCGGGAGGGGGAAAGACAACAUUUAUGUCCAAAGAAGCAAUGGAUGCUGUCUCACAGAAAACAGAGCUGGGCAAAAGGUACGACAUCGUCCUGUUGAUCCGACUCCGGGAGGUGAGAGAGGGGGAGACCAUAGAGGAGAUGGUGUGGGACCAGUGUGUUCCGGAAACAACUGAAGGUGUUGAUGUACAGUCCAUCAGAGCGAUCCUACAGAGGAACGAGUCCAGUCUACUCUUUCUCCUAGAUGGGUAUGAUGAGCUGCGGUCUGAGGCCAGGGCAGCCGGGCAGGCCAUUCCCAAACUGCUAUCAGGCAAGCUGUACCCCAACAGCACGAUAGUGAUCACCUCCCGACGAUUACAUGCCUCAGCAGGAGUGGAGAAGCAUACCCAGCCAGACUGUCACGCACGCAUCACUGGCUUGUCCUUUGAGCGCAUGGAGAAAUUUGUCGGACAGUACUUCACAUCUGUUGACAAGCAAGACCUGGCAAAGCCACUUACAUCGUAUCUCGAUGACCUUGAUGACAAUGAUCUUUUGGGAGGUUUAGUCCAGACCCCAAUAUUCCUAAUGGUGGUCUGUCUGUUGUGGGAAGAAGACCAAGCCAUGGUGACUGCCGGGACGAUGACCGGACUGUACGACAAUCUGCUGACGUGUCUGGUCAAAAAACACUGUAAGCGGGAAGGAGUGAAUAUGCCAACAGACGGGAUGCCCGAAGACUUGGCUAGUGCAUUACUGCAACUCGGCAAGCUUGCGCUAGAGGCGCUGCUGAAGAAGGAGACCCAACUUGACCUUGCAGAAGCAGAAAGACAAAACUUGAACUGGGGGCUGCUGCUGAAGCUUGGCGUUGUUUUUGCCGAGGAAUCUGCCUCAAAACUGCACCCUCGGAAACAGCUAACAUUUGCACACAAGACGAUGCAGGAGUUCCUGGCAGGGCGGUAUGCCGCUUCUGUUGUGGUGAAUCAAGACAUUGGAGAGCUGCGGAAGCUUACAUCCAUAAGCGAUGUGCUUGAACACCGUUCCCUGCUGAAGUUUACCUGUGGAUGUGGUUCGCGGGCAGCACAAGCUGUGAUGGAAUGGCUUGCAAGUAUCAGCAGCAAGGAAUACGAAGGUUUAGAGGUACAGCAAGUAACAAAGCUGGAUUGGCCAUGGAUGCCAUUAAAAGACCCGGUGGUGCAUAAACCAUUUGAUACUAGAACUUACAAGGACUUUGUUUAUCUGUGCCUGGACAUCCUGAAUGAAAGGCAAGAACCGGGCGUACUACAGGCAGUCAACAGAGCCCUGCCCUUCAUUGUCUCACACAAUGUCAUUAACAGUAGGCAACAUGCUGCCCUUAAAUACUACGUAAAAAACAUCCAGUCAUCAUCACACCCCGUGAAAAUGGCACUGGAAAUAGGUGGUCCCGCUCAUUAUGUAAUAUUUCAAGGUCUUCAGUUCCUGGAGCAUACAUUCCCCUCGCCUACCCCAGGUCUGCUGUUAGACCUGUCUCUAACCGGUGUAUUUGUUUGUUCAGCCAUACUGACAGAAGGACUGGUUUCCAUUUUGAAGAGAGUUCCUGGGCUGAGGGCGCUGGACAUGUCAGAAACACGGCAAUCAGCAGCAUCACUCCGGCCAAUCGUACAGGCGUUCAGACACAUGUCAAAGCUAGAAGAGCUGGAUCUUAGCCUCAAUGAACUUGGCAAUGAUGAGAUAGAUGUCUUGCAGGAAGGGCUGAAAAGUCUUCCACAAUUGGCUGUACUCCAUCUUCGUGCAAAUAUUUAUCAACAGAUCACCAUAACAGCUACAGGCAUGUCGCGCCUAGCUCCCUCCAUGUGCAAGCUAACGAAGCUGAGGGAACUGGAUAUAAGUUGCAAUAAGAUCGGUGACACUGGAAUGAAACGUCUCGCCUACGUACUGCGUCUCCUCACUAGUAUGCAGAUAUUGGUCUUGGCGCAAAUCGGCAUCAGUAUCACAGGCAUGCGUAAACUGGUCCGUGCUCUGCGUAACCGAACUGGACUGCUAAAACUGGAUAUUUCUGGGAAUCACAUAGGAGACACCGGGUUGGGGUGUCUGGUCGACAUCCUUCCUCGACUCACGGCAAUGAAGGUGCUGGAACUCAGUAAGACAUGUAUCAGCGACAAGGGAAUGUCAGCUCUCGUCAGGAAUCUGCUAUACUUGGCAGAAUUACAGGUGCUGGAUGUAAGUCAUAAUGCGAUAGGGGAUUCGGGGAUUGUGAACCUGGUCCAGACACUUAACUGUCGGGCUAGCAGUCUACAAGACCUGAACUUCAGGGAGAAUAGUGGAGUAACAGCAGCCGGGCUGGAGAGAGUCUCACAGGUCAUCGCAUUGCCAUCGCUUAUCAGGCUGGGCAUGUGUGCUUACCCGGAUCGGGAGACGCUCAUACACUUGCCUGACACUGCUGCUAUGGCCGUGGCCCAGGCUCUAGCCAGACUCCCUGCCUUGGAGCGGAUUGAUCUGUGCUACAUCUCCAUGGACCCUGCAGGGUUCCAGGCUGUGGUGCAGGCUGCUGAGGAACAGCCGUGUAAGCUGUGGUACACUAAGGAGGGAGUUCCUGAAGGAGCCGAAAGGUAUAGAUGGCAAAAUUCGGAGCGGUUGGAUAACAUUGACAUGGUGGCCGUGAUGGAAGAGGCUGCGGCUAUGUUUGCCGAUGUGUAUUAG